AUGCAGUGGCCUUUGUCGAUGAUUGAAUAUAGCAUCGACAAGCCCCAAAUCCUUCAAUUCGAGGACGUACAAGUUGAGCUUAAAAGUGUGCCAUUUACACCAGCACCAUAUGAGCCUUCAGAAAAACCGCCCGUUCGGGAUAUAGUGCGGCGAAUGUUAAGGAGUGCGCGGAGGAUUCCCGUCCGAGAGUUGGACCAUAUGCGCGACCAUCCAGAAGACAUGGAGUGGUUGGAGAGGAAGGUGAAGCCCAGAUUCUGGACAAACUUUCUGGAGCAGUUGAGAAAUAUUGAGAAGACUAGAGAGUGGGAGGAGGAACAGAGAAUCAUGCGAAGGGAGUUUGAAGAAGAAGAAGCGAAGCAGAAGGAAAUUGAGAGCAUGGGAGAUCGCUAG